CUGCUUGUCGGAGGAGGACGGGCCUGUUAGCGUACGGAGGGGAGGGACUGGCGGCUGCGGCUGCAAAACAAGGAAGUCUCCACGCAUUGCCCCGGCCGGGAUCCCCAAACUGCCGCCAUCAUGCCAGAUCCGUCUUACCGUGAUCGGCUGAGGCAGGACAUGUACUUUCUCACGAGAAAUGGCAGACUGAGCGAGCACCUGGUUGAUAAAAUUAUUCUUCAGCUAAACAGAGUUUAUCCGCAAAUUCUCACCAAUAAAGAAGCAGAAAAGUUCAGAAAUCCAAAGGCAUUGCUUCAUAUUCGGUUGUCAGAUCUUAUAAGCCACCUACAAAAGAAAGGAGACAAACACUGUCAAGAAUUUUACAGGGCUUUACAGAUCAAUGCCGAACAACUGUAUAAUGACUUGCCAAGCAGGAAAAUCCUGAAAACCUCAGCUUCCACAGGGAUAGACACAGACAAGGAGAACUAUUUUCUAACUGACAGGGAUCCCAUGUUCUUCCUUGCUUGCUUUAGUGUUGCUGCAGGAUUAGCAUUGUUCAUGUACUGCUGGAACCCAGAUCCAAAAGUUAUAGGAGGAGCCAAGAAAAUAUUGGGAUUUUCUCCUAUUAUCAUAGGAAGACAUGUUAGAAAUAUUUGUAUGGUAUACAUGGAAGAUACAUCAAGGAAAAAUUAAGGAAAAGCUGCUUCUUCAGUCUUCUGUACUGUGUACCUGCCAAUGGAAAAACAAAUAUAUAUACAGACACUAUAUAUUAUACCAAAGAUGUAGUUAACGGCUUUAGCAGUAAAUGUACUGCUUCAAGGUGCUUUCAAAUGGUCAACUCUAUAUGAACUUAUGGAAAUGGAUCAUUUAUUUUUGUAAAUGCUUCUUUUAAAAUAUUUAUCAUUUGGGUAUGAAGGUUUUUAAUAUACACCUUAAAAGGAUAUCCUAAGCGAUUAUAGUUCUUAAGCCAUGUUUUGUAUUCGUGUUUUUUAUUGGUGUAGAGGAACACAGCAGUUUAAAGGAUGUAAUUCUCUCUCUUUUUACUGAUUCAUUUAAGAAUGACACUUAAAAAAACCAAAGCAUUACUAAGAAAUGGACCUGAUCUUUUGUGUCAGGAUUGUCCAUUCCCAUCUGUAUUCUUUAUACUACAUGAGUACAUGGGCACUGUCCCCACAAGGCUUAUCACUAGCUGGUUCAGUUUGUGUGUAUUCAGAACUUUGCAAGGUUUCCUGACUGCCAUGCUCUGGAAACUGUCUGUUAUCAUUGUUAUAUUGAGCAAGGGUAGGCUUCAAACAAUGACACUUUGACUCUGUGGGAUGACAGAACUAUCAAGCUUUUGAAGUACCAAGUAGGUUUUUCAGAUUUACAUAAUUCUUUCCUUUCCAGGGAAGUUUGUUUAGUUUUGGUAUAGCCAGGAAAACUGAAAUAGUCCAGCAUAUUUGACAGGGACUUCAGAAAUAAUAAUCAAAGCUGCAUGACAUGUUUUUGUUUAUGGCUGAAAAUAUAUAUUUUAACAUGAAAUACUGUAAGAUUUUCUAAGGUGGCUUGAUCACAUAUUGUUUCUUCUGUGGGUAAAAUCUUGAAAAACUUGCACAAGUCUUUCUUAACACAUCAAAAGUUGGUGUCAGGCUAAAGCAUGUGUGGGAAGUACAGGGAGACAGGACUGAAAAUAAGAUUUGAGGGGGAGGUUGUUUGUUUGUUUUUGCAUUUUGGGCCCAAUCCUGCACUCACUGAUGUCUGUAGGAGUCUUCUUUCCUCCUGCUCCUACUUCCCGCCUGGGGUCUUUCUGUUCCUGAACCUGACUACAAGUAGUGACGGCUACAGUGGGUGGGUUCUCUUAUGACCUACUCCAGAGUACAAAAGAAACUAGGGAGAUCCUUCCCCAAACUGCUUGGUAGGGCGAUCUCUUCACUGGCUCCACCUUCAUGGGAAUGUUUUGCCCAUCAAUUUUAACUUAACAGCCAUUCCUUGAUAUUCCUUUGUAUCCCCAUGGACACAGUUAAUCAUAGUAACAGGUAUUGGCUUUGUGUGUUUCUGAUUCUAGAGUCUUUCAAGAUUCACUCUCAAGUACCCCAGUCUUAGGGCUUGUCUACACAGGAAAGUUAUACCAAUAUAAGCUAAGGUGUGGAUUUAAAUCACUAUAGUUAUGCCGGUAUAACUCCCAGGGUAGAAUAAGAGUGGGAUUUUUGGGUUUAUGGGAGUUUAUGUCCCGUUAGAAAGGGAUGAAGCUAAUUUAAAUUUAAAUUUAAAAAAAAACCCUCACGUUCUGAAAUAAGUCUCCCCAGGGGGAAUUGUACUGGUAUAACUAUGGCGGUUUAACUAUACUGGUAUAAUUAUACCAAUAUAAUUGGUAAAAGGUCCUGUGUAGACAAACUCCUAACUGUGAAAUUUCCCACCCCCAGAGAACAGAUUUCUAGGACUACCUCUGGACUAUGGUUGCAUCUUAGGGCAAAACCUAUAUGCACGUCCUGUUUCACCACAUUUGUAGCAGUCUCUGCCCAGUCCCAUCUUUCUGAAAAAUGGGACAAGUCUCAGACCCCCUGCCCUUACGGCCACCCAUAUGGUGGGGCUCAUUCUUUCCAAUGUGGUAAUAUAAGGUUCUGUAUUUUCUCCUGGCAUCAGUUGUGUCAUCUCAGGGCCUUUCCACACUGGAAUCUGCUAGGACUCCAUCUCUUUAAGAGUCUUGAACAUUGCAGCCCUUUCUUCAUGUGGCUAGGCCCUCCCUGUUCCGUUGAUCUUCCUGAAAUCUCUGGAACUUGUCAGCCUGUGGAGUGUCACCUAUCUGCUGCCUCCCUUCUGUCCCAGCCCACUGAACAGCAAGCCACUUUAGUAUUGCCCUUGGUCAGGUGGGUCACUGAACAAUCUUGUCUCUGGUUUAGCAGCUGCCACUAGAGGAUUCAGGGUUUAUACUUCAUCCCAAUCCUUAACUUCUGGUCUGUAGCUAAGGGUGGACAGACAAGAUCCGUGGUCAAGCUCCUUCAGCACCCCCAGCACGCAUCUCUUCUGACAUCUUGAUGGGUAAAUGUCCCCACCACCACCCAAAGAGUAGUAAGAAGUUGUACAAAGGUCCUAGGCUGUUUAGUUUUUGACAGUAAUCUCCAAUGCUUUGAUUUAUACCUUCCCCUUAUCUAAUGCAAAGUGGACUUUUUCCCAUUUAGAACCUAAGUGACAUCCCAGGCAUGACCCCCUAUGGCAAAGGGCCUGGAUGAAUGGGUUGGCUUAUAUAACACUACUGUUCCAGUCAAUCAGCUUGGGAGGGGAAAAAGGCUGGAGCAGCAAUAACCAACUAACUAACCAAUCAAAACACAUCCCAGGGGUUGUCAACAUUAACAGUUUGAUUAGGCAGGUCUUAGUUAGCAUCUACUGGCUAGUUCUUCACCACCCCCGCCCCACCUCCUUACUGACUGUGUGAUCGCCUCUUCCUACCAUUUGAACAGUUUCCUGUGGCCUUACUGGGCUCAACUGGUGCAGUCCUUAGUGUCCUCUUGUAAACAAUACUGGUUCCCUGGUGUGGGGGUAUUUGGGCUGUAAUCUCCCAAACCUAUAAACUAAACCCUGAAGGAAGAGGGGGAAAAAGCCACCCAGUAGAAACCUGGCAGCCUCUUCAGGUGUUUGACUAUCCUGUCACAUACACCAGUCAACAUUCAUGGGCCCUGCGUGCCCACCGAUGGCUAUGGCCCUGAUCCAGCAAGGGCUGUAAGCAUGGGCCUAGCCUUAAUCAUGUGAGUAGUUCCACUGAUGCCAAUGAGAUUACUCGUGUGUUUAAGUGCCUUCCUGAGUUGGGGCUUUUACCAGAAAAUCUGUAAUUUUUUCCCAGUAUCUGAGUUUCAGAGCCCCCUAAGAAGGUAGUAAUGACAGGAUAGUUUAUACCUAAGAAUUCAUCGGACUCUUCAGUCUGAUCAUCUUACUCCAAAGAGAACAGCCUGCAUUAUCCUCUUAGAAACAACUGAUCUUGUAAUACAUUGUUUCCUUCCGAGACAAAUUUCAGGAGAGGCAAUAGCAGGCCUGGGGAGGAGAGGAGGACACAGAACCAGAUUUCUGAAUAACAGACCCCCUUUGGCACCCUCAAAAUAUUUGUGUCCAAUUGAGGAAGGGCUAAAAUAGGCCCCAAAGGGGCCCCAUUUCUCCCCAUACUGAUGUCAGUGGGAGUUUUUCCGUUGCAGUGGAUGGGAACAAAAGCCAGCCCUAACUAGACAGCAUUGUUUGUCUAUUACACUUCAAAAACUCUGUAUUUUCAGUGGUGUAACUACCUUAACUUCACCAAAGGAGCUCCUCAUUUACAUACACAUACAGCAAGGUCAGGAGUGGGUCACAGGACUAUUUAAAUAUAUAACAUAAGAUGGACAUGAAUAAAGAUUCUGUGUAAAUGAAAUAACAUCAUCUGCCCUUACCCGGCAGAGCAGUAUGUUUAGAUGUUUUUUCUUCCAUCUGCCCUAUUGUCUCUCAUGUCUAUUUUGAUCUAAUAGCCACAAGGUCAGGAAAUCUUAUUAUAGGAAAAACUUUGUGUUUGCAGCAUUUCCUGUAGAAUUGCCAUGAUAAUGUCGUCAGUGAGCACAACCCACAGCUCCGCAGCCAGAGCUGCACACUGAUCCAGCGUUGUUCCUACCUCUAAGUUGGAAAGUGCUUUAAUUAUAUUCUGUUCUUCCUGUGUCUUGCCCUGUAGUUAACGUCAGAGCGAUUUUUUUCCCAGCACACUAUCUCUAAUUUAUAUUCAAAUGUGACUCUCCAUAUGCUGCUUAAAUCCAGCAGUGGCUCCUCUCUAAAGAAACUGAAAUAAAAUGCUUCUGAAAUGCAGAAGGGUUUUAAAUCUUCAUGCCAAAACUGUAUUGGAAACCUCAUUAGAGUGAGAUGAUUUCUGUUUAUAGCAAAAGCACUGUACAAAAUAGGGUCCUCUCAGACAGCCACAUCUCAUUUUAAUGCAAAUACAACAGCCAUGUUACUAGUAAGCAGCUUCUCUGUGUCUGGAUUAUCCAACCUAGUGUUCCCUGGACAAAAACCUUUAAAUUGGGAUUUGGUAUGAGUUAUUGUUAAAAUCCUACAGAAAGAAUUAGCAUCUCAUAUGCUUUGAAGGCCAGAUUCUGCCACACUGGUAGAGUACUUUACCAGCAAUCCCGCUGAAAUACCCAUGGAGUACUCAAUGUAAGCGUGGCAGAAUCCGCUCCUGAUAGGGGAUAGGGCCUGGAACCUCAAAGCUAUUUAGGUGCUUAACUCCUAUUAAAAUUAGUGGGAGGUAGGUGCCUAAAUAGCGUUGAGGAUUUGGGCUUGCGUUCUUUAAAGAAAAUGGCUUUGAUCAUCCUUUGCAAUCAUGACGGAUUGACAUAUUUACUAAUGGCUAAGGUUGUAGUCUUUCCCUUUUUGAGAUCUACUGAGAUGAGGUUACUUGUCAGAAAUAAAAUCUCCUGGGAAGGACAACCAUUAGAUUCCCAGCUACUAGGUCUGGAGACAUGCACUCUGGAGCAGGAUUUGGCUGUAAAUCUUAACACAGAAGGUAAAAUUUUUCUUAUGCUUCUGUUUUCAUGACAAACUUAUUUUUGGUCCGAUAUGGUCAGCUGAAGAACCCCAAGAGUAAAUAAGAGAAAACUACUUGUUCUGUGUCUGCUGUUUCUUGCAUUACUUGUAAAUGGAAACUGAUGGUUACUUUGUAUGGAUAAAUGUAAUUUUUACACAGUGCAUUGCACAAUUACUAUAUGCAGUGUCGUAGCUGGGUUGUAGAGACACAAGGUGGCUGAGGUAAUAUCUUUUAUUGAACCAAAUUCUGUUGGAAGUUUGUCUCGCUCCCCAACAGGCGUCGGUCCAAUGAAAGUUAUUACCUUACCCACCUUGUCUCUCUUGCACAAUUACUGUACUAGGUUUUCUCCGACCACCACCCCACCUUUCUGCUUCCCAUAAAGAGAGUUUGAGGAAACAGAGCGACAGCAAUAGAUUUCUUGUAGUUUUCUCAGUCUGGAACAGAAGGUUCCACAUAAUUUUGUAACUUUAAAGGGAUGGAGUCCUUUUCUUAAACAGUUCUUCAUUCAGGAAUGGAUACCAAGCAAUAGCUCACUUCUUUGUGCAUUGUGUUUGUAUAGCAAACACACAGCAUAUGUCGGUUUUUCCAUGCCCAGUGCCAUAGGAAGUGGAUAGGCUAGCCCUUUGGAAGUCAUGAAUUCUGUGGUGUCCUUCCACAGAAGGGAAAUUUAGGUUGGAUAUUAGGAAAAACUUUCCAACUAGAACUUUCUAACAGUAAGGAUAGUUAAGUACUGAAACAGAUUAAUAGUGGAUGUGUGGAAUCCCCGUAAUUGGAGGUUCUUAAGAAUUGGUUAGACAAACACCUAUAAGGGCUGAUCUAUGUAUUCUUAAUCCUGCCUCAGUCUGGAGUGAUGCACUAGAUCUGUGUUUCUCAAAUUUAUUUGAUUGCUCCUCCAUUCUUUGUGUCUGUAAUGUAUGCCUCCCCUACAGGGCACUCGGCCAGCAGUCACCACUCUCCUGCAGCCCAGCUCCAAACGCAAAGCAGAGAGCAGUGGCUGCUGGCUGGACUCCCAGCUCUGAAGGCAGUGCUGCCGCCAGCAGCAGAGAAGUAAGGGUGGCAUGGGAUGGCACUGCCACCCUUACUUCCGUGCUGCUUCUGCUGACGGCGCUGCUCUCAGCAGCCACCACUCUCCAGCCACCCAGCUCUAAAUGGGCACAGUACGUUUUUUUUUCCUUAAAGCAUCUCAUACUCCCCAGAAUACUUUCCACCCCCGCCCAUAGGAGUGUAUCCCCCCAUUUGAGAACCUCUCGACCAGAUGACCUCUUGAGCCCUACAUUUCUCUAAUUCUAUUAUUAUUGUUUUACUUGGCAUCAAUCAAGUUAUGUUUUGGAUCACUCCAUCUAUUUGGAGAUCGCCAAAUCCCCCUUCAAACCCAGAAUAAACUGCCUGCCAUUAAUGACUCAAACUGACACAUUUAGGCCCUAUUCCUGCAAGGAUUUGCACACAUGCUUAACAUUCUGCAUAAGGGGGAUAGUCCCACCUGUGUAAACUUAAGCAGUGGUUAAGUGCUCGCUGGAUCAAAGCUUACUUUCUAAAUUAUAGUGGGUUAUUACAUCGUGAAAAUUGUUCCUGUGUGUCUGCUAAACAUUGAUUAUAGCUCAGCCGUAUUUUCAGCAUCCUCCAACCUACUCAAAGUAAACUGACUAUGCACAGGACUGUUUAGAGAAGGAAGAAAUCUGCUGUCCCUUCAUGCCUGAAGCCUUAGCCUCAUGUUACAGUAGCACUGUGGAAUGGGGGGACAUUACUCAGCAUAUUAAAUCACUGAUUUAGUGGUAGCACAAUACACCCCUCCAAAACAAACAAACCAACCAACCCUCUGCAUUGUCAUGGUCGUAGCAGCCUUGCAGAGCACGGCUUUGCAGCCUAUUGGAGACCCUGUGCCUGGUGUACAGAUUGCCUGCAUCUUGUCUCUGCAAAACUACACUUUUUCUGUUGCUUUUACAUUUGUGUAGUUUCUGUCAUGAAUGGGCUAUUUGAUUUAGAUCAAAACUGAACUGCCUUCAGUUGCCUCAGCUGUGAUGUCAAACAUACCCAGAUUCAAGGAAAAGAGGUGGGCAAUAGACUGAUCUUUAAUCCUCUAAAAUAAAGCAAGGGAGCAGACUGCAUGUAAAUAGUUAAACCAGGCCGACUGGGCCAUCUGUAGCCAAAGGGAAUGGAAAACAAAAUGACACAUCCCACACUAGGUUUGCAGAACUCCGUUUGAAGGGAAUCACUGCACUAUUUAAAGCAUGACUUGUCCGCAAGCGAGAACAAUAUUAAAGUGAUCAUUCACUCAGGAAUGUACUGGGUUACCUUACACUUUUAGCUGAGCUUCUCAAAGCCACAUAGGAGAUUUGGCUACUCAAUUCCCAUUGAAAAGUUCAGCUUUUGUGUCAUUUUUGUAGUACUGUAUGUAAAUAUCACUCGUGGCUUUGUGUUGGAGUUUUGUGUACAGUAAUAGCAAAGUAAUCAUAAAAUAUUAAUAAGGAAUCUUGCAAUCUUAAUUUUUUUUAAUUGGGGAAUUGUGUAUACAGCCAUUAGUCUGGGAAAUUCAUGGAAUUCUUGAAAAGUCUGGCCAGUGUUACUGUUCCACUAAGAAAUGCAAGCUACCUAGUAUACUGCAUGGGUUCGAUAUUUUAUAGUCAAAUAUCCUUGUUCAUAUCUUCUGGUGAUAACGUUUAUAAUGUAUAUGUCAUGUGAGCUAAAGGAAAGUUGUUAUAAAGUAAAAACAUUAAACAAAGUUGUUAAUUCAAAUUAAAUUUUAAGAAUUUAAAUAA